UUCCUGUGAUACAGUCAUGACGGUGAGGCUCGGUUAGAUUUGGCACUAAAUCCAGCUGGUUAACCAUAACGUUUGUGUACAAAAUACCGAGACUGCGAGUCGUGUGUAUAGUCACCCCUCGCCAGCAACAGUUUAUUUAUAAACCGCUUUCACGACACUGAUGUUCUGGUUUCUCUCUGGACGAAGACAGCGAUAUAUCAAAACCAACUGGUCUCCUUUUAUCGCUAUUAUUAACCUAUUUUUUGGUAAUCACGCCUGUUUUGUUUUAAAUAAGACCGUCUCAGAAGCCGGGAAAGCAUAUAGUGAUGGAGAUUUAAUCAUAAAGGAGCAGAUUUGUGCUGCAGGACUGCGUGUCGAUUGUCUAAACUUUGACUGGAUUUAUCCUGGUUGCAGGGCCACCCCCUUGGCGAUGCCGCGAGUCGUUGGUACGAUCAAAUAAACAACCGCUCGGUAAUAUAAACAUAUUUAACGGCAUUUGUGGAUGCUUGACAUGUUUACGGGGCCAUUUUGGCAAGGCGAUUGUCACUGCGCGUUUUGGGGCGGUAAUUAGUUCGAGUGUAUAGUGCACACUGGUUGGCAACGUAGCCCGCCCCUAACAAGCCCCAUGUUGGCACCCUCCAGAAAAAGGGGAUCUACAAAAUAAAAAAGUACCAACCUAUACAGCGUGUGUAUACCGACCAAACAGUGCCGGGAUUAGCUCCAAAUCUGGCCUGGUGUAUUCAGGGAUUUUCUCCGGCCGCCUGAAAAGACCGUACGGUUCUUGUCUAAAUAUUUACUCUUAAUGACUGCAUUUCCGUUGACUCGCGCUGAAAGUCUUUUUCUCUCUUUAUAUUUUUAACAUGCGAGGUCCAGGAAUGAUUGGUGCGACCCUGCUUCCAUUAACGAAGGAAUAAGGGUGAAAGAACCUUCGACUUUUGAUCGGUUUUUUUAAAGACUGAUUGGCGUGGUCGAUUGUGUAACUCUUCAAAGUAUUUUUGGUGAGUACUGCCUUGAGCUUAGUUAUUUGGGAGAUCGAGAAUCAACCCUUCCGGAGAUCUAGUACGAGACUUGAGCGGUCACUUACUCUGACUGACACGGUGGAUGAAGCUUCGCUGCUGUUAUAGUCGUGGAUGUAGGAAGAGUACAAGACAAUCGUAGAUGACAAGAAAUAUAAAAAAAAUGGAAUUGGAGGAGAAAUUAGCCAAAUGAAAUAUGACAGCGCCCAACAUCGUCGCCCUGUCAGGAUUACUGCGGUCGGAGCCACACCAUGUCCCUCCUGUCUUCAACCUGUCACAAGAUAUUAGACCCUAAGCUCCCAUCCUACUCUACUGGCUAGCACCAGGAAAAGUCGACCCUACUUCCCCCGUGAUUGGCAGCUUGGAGCCCGGUCGAAAAUUGAUCAGCUCCCCGGGUGCCGUGUUCACGGAGAUUAGGCCCUCGGCAUGACAACUCGGUUUGGGGCUCCCUGAAUGACAACUCCCACAUCCUUUCUUCCACCCUUCAAGUCGUCACCCCCUCAAAAAAAAACCGGAAGUUUUUUUUUCCCUUCACCGGAGUUGCUUGAAUUUCUUCAGCACUCUGGCUUGGGUUGUGGUCAGCCGUGUGGCAGGAAGGAUUCUGCGAAAGAAAUUUUGUGGUGUUCUCUUUGUUUUCAAUCACUCUCAAAAGAUAGAAGUGGAGAUGUUGUGGAGAAUGAUCGUACGCGUCAAGAGAGUGUACAUGAUAUGACGCCUUAUAUGGAUGACGACACAACGACGCCUGCACGAUGUCUUCACGAUGACAGAUGAACUAUUCAGGGAGGGGUUGAUAUCUUAUAACCCACCAUUUUGGCCUCACGGGACAACCAAGAAAACCCCCGUCCUCAAUCCAUGGUCAGCCGUCUCGCCUCCACGAAUUAUCGCCACGAGUGCCGAAUAAACUAGUUACCAAUAAAACAAAAACGAUGCUUGGAUGGACACGAUGGAGCAAUAACACGGUGAAUGGAAAGUCAAAUAAACAAUGCGCUUUCGGGACACAAUUUGAGCUGUAAUAAACUGCGUCGAGUUGGGACAGCCUUGAAAAACUAGGCGAGCGUACCCCCUGACCAACAAAAUUGGAUGAGCGUGGUUUGCGCACUCAGAGACGGGCGAACUAACCGUGGGUCUACGCCAAAACACGCACGGCCGGAGUCCAUGACCGACAAAAUUACCGAGUUGAUUCUCAAAAUGGUCGGUUAUCGGGCAUUUUUGGUGGCUACACUCCUGCUUGUAUGCAGUGACCUGGGCUUCACAUCUCUGAAACGACUGAGCACCUACGUGGAUUUACGGACUGGGUUAGUGGAGGGCGAGACGGAAUAUACCAGGUUUCUGGUGACACCGACGCCGUCGGCUACGGGGAGGUGUGACGGACAAGCCGUGGCGCUCUUGGACUUCUCCGGACCGUACAAAGUGGCCAGGAUUGUACUGGAAUAUGAGCAGGAGCCGAGAGACUGGACCUUGGAUAUCUCGGACUCGGCCAGCGGGGAUGGGUUCGGUGGGGACGGGGAAGGGAGCAGUAACAUGGCCGAGACGCAGAUACUGAACCGACAGAUGCGGGUGUACAGUAACGCCCUGCCGGGCCACACGGUAGCGACCAUUAAUGGCGGGCUGCUGCUCCGCGUGGUCGAUGACGUGGUCUCGGUUGGUACCACUCUGGUCCUGGAGAUCUCAGAUGAGCGGCUCCGGUGGAACAAUCACGGCUCAAUCCGGGGAUCGAUAGAGAGCCGGCACCUGUACACGUUAUCAGGCCAGACUGCCUUGUACGGGCAGGUGGAUUAUCUGAUCUACGCGGGAUUUAACCGAGUACCAGCGACCAAUCUGCGGAACGGAACGGGUCUGUGCUCAGCUACCAUCAUGAUGGUCAAAACUAAAGAGGAAGAUGAGUGCAAUGAUGGACGGCAUACUUGUGAAGAGAACGCAGUUUGUACGCAGACGAGACGCUCCUACAGGUGUGCAUGCAAGAACGGAUACAACAGGCAAGGCAGCUCAUGUGUUGAUGUGGAUGAAUGCAGCAGUAAAAAUGGCGGUUGUGUGCACACGUGUACCAACAUACCAGGAAGCUACUACUGCGGUUGUUUAGCGGGAUUCCUCUUACAUCCGGAGGGAAAAGAUUGCAUCGAUCAAGAUGAGUGUGCAUCCGAUCAACAUGGCUGCCAACAUGAAUGCAUCAACACUAUUGGCAGUUACAUGUGUACUUGCCCACAGAACUACUUUUUGAACGCAGAUGGGAUGACAUGUUCGGAUCACCCGGGUUGUGGGAAUGCCAACCUUGGCUGUGGUCACUACUGCGUGGACAUCGCCAAUGACCACUCGAUAUGCCAGUGCCGACCGGGUUUCAUGCUUGCUGGUAAUAAAAAGAACUGCAUACCGACCUGCAUGCACGGUAAUGGUGAGUGUCAACACAUCUGCUCCGACUCGCCCAUCGGUCCUCUCUGCAGCUGUCAUGAAAAGUAUAACCUGCACACGGACGGAAAGACUUGCGUAGAGGGCGUUCACAGAGUAAGCAAGACCCUCAUCUACAGUAUGCCUGAAACAUGCGGCCUAAAUAACGGUGGUUGCGAUCGAGUUUGUUCCGACACGCCCACAGGAGUGCGCUGCAGCUGCCCGGACGGAUUCGAACUGCAAGUAGACGGCAGAACGUGUAGAGAUAUCGACGAGUGUGCGAUGAACAACGGCGAGUGCGAGUAUCGCUGUACCAACACGAUCGGGGACUUUGAAUGCAGCUGCCCCGGCGGAUAUAAGCUACUACGAGACGGCCGGUCUUGCGUGGAUGUAGAUGAAUGCUCCGUUAACGCCACGUGUGACCACACUUGUCUUAACUACCCUGGGGGAUUUCGCUGCUUAUGCGAUGACGGAUACCAGGCGUAUGGCAUCACCCAUUGUGGAGACAUAGACGAGUGUUCCAUCGAUGCUGGUGGCUGCCAACACAUGUGCAGAAACCUGCCCGGCACCUACGUGUGCGAAUGCCAGCCUGGUUACCGUCUCCACCACAACAAGAAAGACUGCAUUGCAGAGAUAUCUCGAUGCGUGCCACUGCGCCCGCCUGCCCGGGCCAUUCUGUCCUGCAGCACCAGUGACGACGAGGAGACUUGUUCGCUUAAGUGCGAGUCUAAUUCUCACUUCACCUCGUCCGGACGGAGAGCCUACACCUACCGGUGCGGGGACAGUACCGAGUACCGGUGGACCAACGGGGUGAACGCCACGGAGCUACCGCUGCAAGAGGCGGACGAGGCGCUGCCGAGUUGCUCAGCCUCAGUGAACGCACCGACGUACCACCACAAAGCCCGCUUCACCUUCACGGCGGAAGACUGUGAGUUACGCCGCUUCACGCGCUCCGAGUCCGUGGUAUCGGAUUUCCUAAGUAAGAAGUUAUCAGAGAUUGACGCCGACGGCUGCAGCGGUCUUUGUGAGGUGAACUUCGUCAACUUGACCUGCCAGAGCGACGGUGCGAGGCGCGGCAAGCGACGGACGCGCAAUCGCAGCUCCCUCAUCUUUGCGGACUUUGAGAUUGCCGUCAGGCCAGAGCCACCCACUGCCGACUGUGAUGUGGACUGCGUGACGGCCAAGACGAAGAAGAAGAUGCGCAAGACGAUCCGGAAGCUGAAGUACGCCAUCAACAAGGAGCAUCUUGUGGUGACCUUCAACGAGAACACGGAGUACCGGGUCACUCGCAAAUCCUUCCGGACGACAUCGGACGUGGAGACGGCCUGCCAGCCCGGUCAUGUCAUGGUCAAAAACAAGUGUGUGGCGUGUAGCGUGGGAACAUUUCACGAGACCUUCUCGUCCCGCUGUGCUCCGUGUCCGCCGGGGAGUUACCAGGACCAGGAGGGGCAGUUAGAUUGCAACAAAUGCCCGCAGUCCGACAACACGGGCAUAGUCGGGGGCUCGGAUAUAUCGCACUGCGGUGGUCAGUGCAAUCCUGGCGAGUACUCUGUCGAUGGCUUUGCUCCGUGUCAACCGUGUCCAAUCGGGACGUACCAAGCAGAGAAAGGCAGGACGCAUUGCAUGAACUGUGGGGGCGAAAUACACACGCGGUCAACAGGAUCCACGUCAUUCGCUGAUUGUUUGGCGGGAGAGAAAUGUACUGCCGGCAGUUUCUACGACGUGGUGCGGCACGGGUGUUCGCUAUGCCCGACGGGGACGUACCAAUCGGAAGGGCUGAUGAACUACUGCGUGAAGUGCCCCGGUAAUACGACAACGGACGGCGAUGGAACGACAACAGCCAAUGAAUGCAAAGAUAGGCGGUGUGGCGGAGUGAUCGGCGAUUAUGUGGGCUACAUCGAGAGCCCAAACUACCCCGGUGAUUACCCAUCCGGUAUGGAGUGCGUCUGGCGGGUUGCGGCGCCCAAAGGACGCAAGAUUAUCGUGGUCGUGCCCGAGGUUUUCCUACCGGAGGAAGACAAUUGUGGGGACGAGAUUGUCAUGAGGAAAACAAAUUCACCGCAAUCGAUGACAACCUUCGAGACCUGCAAGAACGUGACCCGACCAAUCGCCUUCACCGCCCAGACUAGGAAGCUUUGGAUUCAGUUCAAGUCGGACGCCUUCAACUGCCACUCCGGAUUUCAGAUCCACUACGCCACCUACGAUGAGAAUUACGAGGAGCUUAUUAAAGAUAUUGUCGGGGAUGGCCGGCUGUACGAGUCUGAUCAUCACCAGGAGAUCCUUAAGGAUAAAGAAACGCUGACAGCCUUAUUGGAAGUGAUCGCUCAUCCCGAGAUGUACUACAGAUACAGCCAAGAGGAAUCCAUGAACAUGUUACCGCACUCUUUCAUUAAGCUCCUUCGAGGGAAAAUUUCACGCUUCUUUUACCCCUGAUGACGUCACGAUGACGUCACGAUGAGUUCCCGUCGCGUCCGUGUAUAGUAUAUCUCCUUUGUAUUAUUUUGUAAAUAAAUAAAAACCGAAAGGCAGUAAUGUAUGAAAAAAAUGUAUUCCAUAUUCUUUUUUUUUAUCGAGAGUUUAUUUUUAGGUUUUGAAUUGAGUGUACAUGUUCUGAGAGCGAUUUCUUAUAUUUGUUGAUUUUCUUCUUUUUUUUCGUUUGAGAAUUGGCACUUGUGCUUAAAGGUGCUGUCUUGUGAAUUUCUGAAGUUCAUUGGACAGUGUGUUCGUUGGAGCGCAGGUGGCGAUUGUUAGGCCAUAGACAUUUCCUUUAAUGUUGUAACUGUUUCAUGAACUCUGACGACUUGUAAUCCACAGAGGUGGAAACGUUGGACAAUGUUGCAGUGUUUGCAACCAAUAGCUGGUGCAACAAGCAACGAAUCCCACAUCUGGUUUUGAAUGUACUUUUCCUAACUCAACAACAACACGUUGUUGAAUAAGAUGUUUAUAAAUUAUGUGAUUCUGUUGGGUUUUUUUUCUCUUCUGUUUUUGUUUCAUAAUUCCAAUUUUCAUUGUUUGUUGCGCUUUUCUCAUUUAUUUUUCUCCAUUAUUUGUCUGAUUGUAUUUCCCCACAUUCCCCAUGAUCAUUUUGGUUUUGGUUUUUCUGUUGUGGUCGCCGGCAGCAAACAUAAUGGAACAAAAUCGUUCUGUUUGCCUCUGCUUUAAGUGUGUACGGCUAUGCACCCUCAAAGACUGUGUACUAGUGACCCCGCCCCUUCAAUGGAGAGUUUGGAAAUGCUUUUUAACUGUUUUUACUUCCCGAGAUUGCAUAAGUCGUACAAUUAUCAAAUAGAAAAGUAUUAAGAAAAUCUUGUCUGUGUUGUGUGUGUGCGUCGCGCGGCGACAUUAAAAUUCUUAAUUGUGGUUUUUUUCAAUAAUUGUUUAAAGGAAGCAUGUAAGCAAAUGUGUAUUUUUAAGGUAAAGGAUAAUGUAAAAAUAGAUACAAUCCUUAUCAAUACCGAGUGAUAUAUAAGGCAUUAUUACCACAAAGUAUUCGCGAAAUUGUGGGCUAUAUAAAGAUAAAACAAUAUGCAAUUGUUACUAAACCGUUAGAGGAAAUUAAUGAAAGCAGCGUAUGCGUGACGCCACCUUUGCUACUUUGCUCUGCAAAUCUAGUCUCAUUUUGUACCUAUCGUAAUUUUUAAACAAAAUAUUUCUCCGCGGAAAUGUCAUUUACAAUUGUAUAUUACUAUAGCUGUUAUAGAAUUCCAAGUAUAGAUUCUUGAUAUUUGUUUGUUUGGUCAAAAUGACCACUAGCGUACGGCUUUCACCAAUAUUCAUAAAUACCUAAGACAGUUUACGCAUUCCUAUUGGUCGAGAGCCCGUCACGUGGCCGGUCUUAAACGGAUGAUA